ACCAGCAGGCGCAGCAACACAGCAGUGCCACUGCCACCACCGACCACCGCCCCCUCCCCCUCCUCCUCCGCCAUUCCCCUCCCCGAGCGCCGCACAGCGGCGGCCAGCUCCCGCCGCCUCCCCGACUCCCCGCCCCCUCGCCCCCCGCCCGCCGCCUGCUUUCUCCUUCGCGCGAUCUGGUAUCUGGCGCUGUUCGAUUAAGCAUUGGCGUUGGGAAGUUCAGAAGCACAUUUCGUCAUCGCCGUAACCAUAAGCUAGACUUCUCUAGUCAUAUAUCCUUCAGCCCUCAACGAAAGGAUUCGUCUAUUCUGGAAUGGACGCUUUGCACGGCCAAACCUCGUGUGGAUCAUUGCUACAAAAACUGCAGUUAGUAUGGGAUGAAGUUGGUGAGAACGAUGAGGACCGCGACAAGGUUCUGUUUCAGCUGGAUCAGGAAUGCUUGGAUGUGUACAAGAGGAAAGUUGAUCAGGCACUCAAGUCAAGGGACCUUCUUCUCCAAGCACUGGACUACUCAAAGAUGGAGCUAGCCAGGCUCGCUUCUGCCCUUGGAGAGAAAUCCAUAGCAACAAGUCCUGAGAAAACAGCACGAACAAUCAAGCAACAGCUUGCUGCUUUAGCUCCAACACUUGAACAACUGGGCAAGCAGAAAAAGGAGAGAAUAAAUAAAUUUGCUGACAUAAUGUCAAGAAUCGAGCAAAUAAGGGGUGAGAUUGCUGGCAAUCUUGAGAUAGGCCAGCAGGUAGCAAUACCACAAAUCAAUGAGGAUGACUUGACAGAUGAGAAACUUCGGGACUUCCAGUCUCAGCUCCAAGAGCUCGAGAAAAAGAAGAGGGAGAGGCUGAAGAAGGUACUUGAGCAUGUGAGUACAGUACAAGAUCUCUGUUCUGUAUUGAAGAUGGAACAUUUUAGCAUAAUAACUGAAGUUCAUGAGAGUCUAGAUGACUCUGUUGGUAAAGACCACAAGAGCAUUAGCAAUGAUACCCUGUCAAAACUUGAUAGGACAAUAGCUACUCUUAAUGAGGACAAAACAUUGAGGCUAAAGAAGCUUCAAGAGCUUGCCACUCAGCUAAAUGAUCUCUGGGAUCUCAUGGACACACCAACGGAAGAAAGAAGCUUGUUUGAUCACGUUACCUGUAACAGAACAGCGAGUGCUGAGGAAGUCACCGCACCUGGAGCACUUGCUCUAGACAUAAUUAAUCAAGCUGAGAUUGAGGUUCAAAGAUUGGAUGAGCUCAAAUACAGCAAGAUGAAAGAAAUAGCUUUUAAGAAGCAAACCACACUGGAAGACAUUUAUGCGGGUGCUCACAUCGUAAUAGACACAGCAGCUGCCCAUGAUAAAAUAUUUGCGCUGAUCGAAUCAGGGAGCAUGGAACCUACAGAAUUGAUUGCUGAUAUGGAUAGUCAGAUAUUGAAAGCAAAGGAAGAAGCUCUAAGCAGGAAAGAAAUUUUAGAUAAAGUUGAGAGAUGGAUAUCUGCAUGCGAGGAAGAAAGCUGGCUUGAAGAUUAUAACCGAGAUGAUAACAGAUAUAAUUCAGGCCGAGGUGCCCACCUGAAUCUCAAACGCGCUGAAAAGGCUCGUAUUCAAGUUAACAAAAUUCCAGGCCUUGUUGAAACUCUGGUGGCCAAGACAACGGCUUGGGAAGAGAAUCACGGUCUAUCCUUCACAUAUGAUGGUGUUCCUCUUCUAGCUAUGUUGGAUGAGUAUGUGAUGCUUAGGCAAGAGAAGGAAGAAGAGAAGAGAAAAAUGCGGGAACAAAAGCGCUACACCGAGCAGUUACUGAACAUCGACCGUGAAGGGCCGUUUGGGACACGUGUCAGUCCCUAUAGAGUGGCCAGCACAAAGAAGGUACCUAGCCCAAAGCCCAAUGGCAGCACGACCAACGGGUCCCCUGGUAGAAGGCUCUCGAUGAGCACUCAGCAGAACGAGAGCAAGAGUUCCCGGUCUGCUGGUAAGAAAGCUGCUGCUGUGGCGGCACCGCCGAAAACACCAGCUUCCCCGAAUGAAGCUGCAACAGCGAAAGAAGACAACGCGUCCAUUCAGCACACGGACGCCGAUCCGGUCCCUUGUUCACCAGCAGCAGCAGCAGCUUCCUUUCAUGCCAUUAUGGCAGCUUCAUUUUGGAUCUUGAACAUCACAUUCCUUUUGAUCUCUUCCUUUGUAGCUCCCACUAUAGCAGAAGUUGGCCGUGCUAACUACCUGCACAAAGGAUCUUCACUAGCCGUGAAGCAUGCCUCCCAUGUCAUAGAGUCGCCUGACGGCACCUUCUCCUUUGGGUUCUACAACCUUUCAUCCACAGCCUUCACCCUGUCGAUCUGGUUCACCAAUUCGGCUGACAGGACCAUCGCCUGGAGCGCGAACCGGGAUCGCCCCGUACACGGGAUCGGGUCCAAGGUCAAGCUGAACACUGAUGGAAGAAGCAUGGUCCUCACGGACUACGAUGGCACGGUCGUGUGGCGAACCAACUCGCUGACCGCGGAGGCCGAUCACGCGGAGCUCAUGGACUCCGGGAACCUCGUGAUGAAGGAUCAAGGUGGCAACAUACUGUGGCAAAGCUUCGACCAUCCGACCGACACUCUGCUACCAGGCCAGCCAGUGACGGCCACUGCAAAGUUGGUAUCAAAAGAUCUCUCACAUCCCUCAAGUUACUAUACAUUGAGUUUCGACGACCGAUAUGUCUUGUCGCUCGCAUAUGAGGGGCCGGAUCUUUCUAACCACUACUGGCCUAACCCUGACUACAGUAGCUGGAUGAACUAUAGAAUCUCCUAUAACAGUAGUAGGAGAGCUGUGCUUGAUAAGCUGGGUCAGUUUGUGGCUACUGACAAUACCACCUUUCGUGCCUCUGAUUGGGGCUUGGAGAUCAAGAGGAGGCUAACACUAGACUACGAUGGUAAUCUCAGGCUUUACAGCCUCGAUGAAUUUCAUCGGAGCUGGUACGUUUCUUGGGUGGCUUUCUCCCAGCCCUGUGACAUACAUGGCCUAUGUGGUUGGAAUGGAAUAUGUGAGUACUCACCAACACCACGCUGCUCUUGUCCUCCUGGCUAUGUGGUCAGUGAUCCAAGUGACUGGAGCAAGGGCUGCAAGCCGGUGUUCAACCUCACCUGCGGCCAGCGUACGGGCUUCGUGCGCAUUCCUGAGACCGACUUUUGGGGCUCCGAUCUGAACUACACCAUGUCGACGUCCAUGCACACUUGCAAGGAGAUGUGCUUGGGGAGUUGCGCAUGUGUGGCAUUUGAGUACAAAACUUUUCCAAACGCCUGCUUCCUCAAGUCUGCUCUCUUCAAUGGCAAGACGCUUCCAGGAUACCCCGGCACGGCAUAUCUCAAGGUUCCCGAGAGCUUUCUGUCGCAGCCGCACACGUCUGACUCUGUUCUUCAUCAUGGCCAUGCCUGUGAUGCAUCAAACAAGCAGACCGUGAGUUAUACCACGCACACCAAUGACGGACAGGGUGCAAUGUGGCACUACUACUAUUGGUUCCUCGCUGCGUUCUUUCUUGUGGAGGUCUGCUUCAUUGGUUCUGGCUGGUGGUUCAUGUCAAGACAACACUCGGCACGAUCAGAGAUCUGGGCAGCAGAGGAAGGCUACAGGGUGGUGACGGACCAUUUCCGUAGUUUUACCCACAAGGAACUGCGGAGGGCCACUAAGAAUUUCAAGGAGGAGCUUGGCCAUGGGCGACAUGGCUCUGUGUACAAGGGGAUUCUGCACGACAGCCGUGUAGUCGCAGUCAAGAAGCUCAACGACGUGAAGCAAGGUGAAGACGAGUUUGAGGCCGAGGUGAGCGUGAUCGGUAAGAUCUACCAUAUGAACCUGGUGAGGGUGAUGGGCGUAUGUUCAGAGCGCAAUCACCGACUGCUGGUCUACGAGUAUGUAGAGAAUGGCUCGCUGGCCAUGUUCUUGUUUGGUGACAAAGGGCCACUGCAAUGGCAUCAGCGGUACAAGGUCGCGGCUGGUGUGGCCAAAGGCCUCGCAUACCUUCACCAUGAGUGCAUGGAUUGGAUCAUUCACUGCGAUGUGAAGCCUGAGAACAUACUUCUAGACAUGGAUUUCGAUCCCAAGAUCAGCGACUUCGGGUUCGCAAAGCUGCUGCAGAGAGGCCAGGCUGAUCCCGGUAGCAUGUCCAAGGUUCGUGGAACUAGAGGCUACAUGGCUCCAGAAUGGGUGUCCACCGCCCCCUUAACUGAAAAAGUGGAUGUUUAUAGCUUCGGGGUGGUGCUGCUGGAGCUGGUCAUGGGGUCUCGAGUAUCCGAGCGGGCUACCGAUGGCCGCGAGGAUGCCGAGGCUGCACUGCAGCAGCUAGAAUGGACAAUUGAAGAGAAGAUGGAAAGUGACGACCUGACAUGGAUCGAUGGCUUUGUGGAUCCUAGGUUGGAGGGUGACUUCGUGUAUUCGGAGGUGCUGUUGAUGCUGGAGGUGGCUGCUAUGUGCUUGGAGAAGGAGAAGAGCCAGAGACCGAGCAUGAACCAUGUGGUUCAGAAGUUCCUCUCAUUUGACUGAAUUUGGUGACUUGUG